UUUGCUUACACGAUGGUGGGUAUUUCAUCAUAGUGACUAUUAAGUCUGCUUUUAUUUUUCUCAGUCAUAUUUGUCACUGUGAUGCAAUUCAGUUCUUAGUUUAGACAUACUUGUAAAGUCUGCUCUGGAUAAUCAUUCAACAAUAAUAUAACAUAAAAGCAAAAUAAAAGCAGAUGUGAUUUUCACUGUGAUGGAGCCUCUGGGGUUUGUGAGAUGAAAUCUAAUGGGUCACAUGAUGAAUACCAGUGUAGUAAAAAAGAAAACCUGAAAUCUACUUCACAAAAUUGUGUUUAUUCAUCAGUAUCAAUAUAUCAAUGACCAGCUCAUAGAUGUGCGAUCUCUGACAGGGUGUCACAAGCACAAUUGUGUGCUCUAGAAAAUGAUCUGCAGUAACGUAAAUUAUAUUAUGUGUCAUUUGUAAAAUAGAGACCAAAGCACAAACACUGCAAAAAAGAAUGGUCUGCAUUUGAUUUUAAAACGUCUAAGUUGGUUUUCUUUAUGACAACAUCUGUUUCCCCAUAUAAACAGUAUGUCUGACACACAUAGGUUAGAUUUUGGAAACAAAUGAACUGUGAGUCCAUUGUCCUGUCCCCUGCUACCUGAUAAAGUAUGCGAAGGUUAAACCUAAUCAGCCCCUAUUGAUCUACUUUCAAUGAUCCAGAAUAGAAGUCUUUGGAGUUCAAAUUGUUAACCCCAGGAGAGUCCUUGGGAAUGCUCCUCAUACCUGAUACAGUUCCUUUACUGGUCAUUAUAAUGAGGCUUUAAGCAGUUUGGUGACUGUAAAUCUGCUACACUAAGAUUGCACUGCUCCUGGUCUGAAUGAACCUCACCUCACUAAAUCUCACAUCCAGGACCAGAGAAGAAUUUAUUAUCCUCUCCUGAGUACACUUGCCAAAGCAGUGUGAAGUCAGCAUAUGACCGCAUGUUACCAAGAUGUGUCAAGUAAUGUUUGGUGGUGGUGCAGGGAAUAAUGCACAUCUGUACUCAGAUGUCCGGGCUGUCUUACUGAGGAUGCUGAAGCCUUCUGCUGACAUAUGACUCUUUUCUACUUCAGCACAAUGGCAUGAAAUCAGAAGAUCUUACAUUAUAUACAUUUGUGAGUAACUUCUUUCUCGUUUAUGUCAUUUUAAAAUAAUUAUUUCUGAGUCAGUUCCCGUUUCAGUUGCUGUCUAAACCAUUUUGAGGAUGCUGAAUCCGUACAUAUCCAUGUUUACACAUUCACUUAUCAGGGUGUUGGGGCAACACAGGUCAGAAAAAAAUAGGGGUCAUAAAACAGCACUGGCAUCACCACCUAACAACCACUAAUAGCAGGCUAUUAAUUACCUGAGGCUGAGACUGAGACACUGAGACUUGUUCUCAAUUAAGCCUUUACUCUUUACUAAAAACCUACUUCAAUAAAAAUUUCCCUUUCCACCUGAAAACCGCGGUGAAGAGCAUCUUCAGUGCCACAGCAUCUGAAAACCAGCGUGUACAACAGCUGCUGAGCUGGUGUAAACUUGCAGUAGCUGAUCACAGACUGGGUACAGGACCUGCGGGGCUUGCAGGGGACGGAGAGAGCAGCGCGUCUGGGCUGGCCACUGAGCGUUGGAGCGUGAAGACCCGUUUGCCUAAAGGUGGCUCGUUGAAUCUCACUGGGCGGAUUGCUGUGGAGUAACCCUGUGAUGGGGCAACAGAUCUCGCUGUUCGGUUAAUGUUGCCUCUCUCAUUCACCAGCGCAGUGCCGGAAAAGUGUCCAGACUUUGAGCGCGCAGAGUCCGGUAUGUCCGAGGGGAAGAGCGCUGAACGCUGCAGUUUUGAGGCUUCAUCUCUGACAACCUGCGGACCAGAUGGUGCCGAAAAAAUGACUCGGGUUCUCUCCAUCCUCGCUUACCUUUUCUCUCUGGUUCACUGUAGCAGCAGUGCUGACUCAGAGGAGCGGCUCAUGAACUGGUUGCUGGGAAAGGAUCGCUACAAUCCGCUCAUCCGGCCGGCUGUCAACAGGACCGAGAGAGUCACAGUGAAGCUGCAAGUGUCUCUGGCACAGCUCAUCAGCGUGAAUGAAAGAGAACAGAUCAUGACCACAAAUGUCUGGCUCACUCAGCACUGGGUGGAUUACAGGUUAUCAUGGGACCCUGCAAAGUAUGAAGGUAUCGACAAGCUGCGUAUCCCAUCCAGACACAUCUGGCUCCCAGAUAUUGUUCUGUACAACAACGCUGAUGGCACCUAUGAGGUAACAGUCUUCACCAAUGCCAUUGUCCUUUCCAAUGGCAGCAUCAACUGGCUUCCUCCAGCCAUCUACAAAAGCGCCUGCAAGAUCGAGGUCAAGCAUUUCCCCUUCGACCAGCAGAACUGCACACUCAAGUUCCGCUCCUGGACGUAUGACCACACCGAGAUCGACCUGAUCUUGAAGUCUGAGGUGGCUAGUAUGGAUGAUUUCACACCCAGUGGGGAGUGGGAUAUCUUGGCGCUGCCAGGCAGACGGACUGUCAGCCCUCUGGAUCCCACCUAUGUGGACCUCACGUAUGACUUUAUUAUCAAGAGGAAGCCCCUUUUCUAUACCAUAAACCUAAUUAUUCCCUGUGUUUUGAUCACCUCUCUGGCCAUCCUGGUUUUCUACUUGCCUUCGGACUGCGGAGAGAAGAUGACCCUCUGCAUCUCCGUCCUCUUGGCUCUCACUGUGUUCCUGCUUUUAAUCUCCAAGAUUGUUCCUCCAACCUCACUGGAUGUGCCUCUGAUCGGCAAGUACCUGAUGUUCACCAUGGUGCUGGUGACCUUCUCCAUCAUCACCAGUGUGUGCGUGCUCAACGUGCACCACCGCUCUCCCAGCACCCACACCAUGCCGUCCUGGGUAAAGCUAAUAUUUCUUGUGAAACUGCCUGCCUUGCUCUUCAUGAGACGCCCUAACAAUAACUCCUCCCGUCAGCGGCUCCGCCAACAGCGGUGCCUACGGGCGAGGAGAGCCAUUCUGGGUUUGGGUUACCCAGGGGCACCCAAGGCAGGAAUCACAAUGUCGUCUUCUGCCCUGCUAUCCUCCGACUCCGCCUUCUCCACCCCAGGACACAAAAAUGUAGCUCAUUCAAUGGGCUACAGCCACUCCAACAGGAAGGAGGACCUGCGUGCCACGGAUUACCUUCCCACUGGUUUCACCUCCACCCAGGACCUCCAGCAGAGAAGCAAUUCAGAUUGGGUUGCUGAUGUCCAGGAGGCAGUGAACGGGGUGCGCUUUGUGGCUGAGCACAUGAUGGGAGAUGAUGAUGAUCAGAGUGUGAUAGAGGACUGGAAGUACGUGGCCAUGGUGGUGGAUCGUAUGUUCCUGUGGAUCUUCGUGAUAGUGUGUGUUGUGGGCACCCUGGGCCUGUUUCUCCAGCCUCUCUUCCAGAGUCAGAUUAUUCCCAACCAGCAGCCUAGCUCAGAGACUCCUCGCAUCUGAUGAACAACGAGAGAGACUGAACAACUUUAGGGUCUUCAUAAGUAAUUGAACUGUUAGGAUGAACAUAGUUACAAGGGGGAUGUAGGCCAGUAGUUUUUUUUUUUUUUAGUUUUGAAGUCUUCUUAGCAUUUGCUUGUAGUGUAUCAUCAGGGACCAGGAGCCCUCUGUGUCAAAUCCUACCACCGGGCAAAAAAGAAAUACUCUUAUAAAAAGAUACACUUAUUUUGUACAUCAGUGGAACAGACAGGAUGUUUGUGUGACAUAAAAAUUGAUAAAAAUGUCUCCUAAUAAUCAAAACCACAUGAUCUAAAGCAAUACAACCUUCCACAACUCCAUAUUUUGAGGAAAUGGUGCAUCUGCCAGGGACCUAUUACAGAAUCAAUGCACUGAGGUUGUCCCCUUCCCUUCAUAUCUACAAAGGACAGCUCCAGAAGUGGACUGAAUGCAGCCUCUGCUGCACUCAAGAAUGAGAACAUAAUAUGUGUUGAGCCAUUACAGGAAUAUAACCAAUAUGACAGAGACAUGACAGCUGUCAGAUGUUUUAUCCUUAUUUGUGUUGAGUUAUCUUACCAUAUCAUUGAAAUGUGAUGUGUGAUUAAAGAAUGAAAAGUAAAGAUAAAUCAGUGUCCUCUUUCAGUUUGAUUAAAUGUAUGAAAUCCCCAAUAAAGUCUUAAAAUUGU